AUGAGGCCCACACAGAUUAUAGAGGAACAGGAGGAACUCCGGACCAGUCAGGAGGAAGAGCAGCUUCAAGGGCUGGAGCCUGACAUCAUAGAUUUCGAUUUCACUCCUUCCUGUGUGAAAAGUGAAUGUGAUCAGGAAAACCCAUUUUGGUCCUUGACUCUUCCCCAAACCCAGACUGUAGAGAACAGAGAGAGUGACUCUAAACCAGUGGAUCUGAAACCUUUUGGCACUGGGACCCACCUAAAGGGUCUUGACAUUCCCUGUGACCCUCCAGAUAAUGAAAACAUUGCCUCCAGCCUCAGCUCAGCCGUAAGCAGCGACCCAGUAGGACUUGACAGCAGCCCCAGUCCACUAUUGGAUCUGAACCCACUAAUGGGGGAACCCUGCACCUGGCCCUUUUGUGGCAAGACCUUCAAACAAAAAGGUCAUCUAUCCAGGCACAUGAGGGUUCACACAGGAGAGAAACCAUUUAGCUGUGGCGACUGUGGGAAAAGCUUCAGUCAGAAGGGGACCCUAACCAUGCAUAAACUGACUCACACAGGAGAGAAACCAUUUAGCUGUUUUUUUUGCUGUAAAAGCUUCAGUCAGAAGGGGGACCUAAUGAGGCACAUACUGACUCACACAGGAGAGAAACCAUUUAGCUGUGGUGACUGUGGUAAAGGCUUCAUUCGCAAGGAGCACCUAACUGCACAUAUACAGACUCACACAGGAGAAGUUUAGGUCUCAAGCAGAACCUAACCAGGCACAAACUGUCUCACACCGGAGAGAAACCAUUUAGCUGUGGUGACUGUGGAAAAAUCUUCGGUGUCAAGUGGAACCUAACUGUUCACAUAUGGACUUACACGGAAUGAUACUCUUUCAUUUGCGGUGACUGUGGGAAAGGCGUCAAUCAUAAGAUGGACCUAAGGAGGCAUAAACUGACUUACAGUGCAUUUGGAAAGUAUUCAGACCCCUUGACUUUUUUCACAUUUUUUUACG